GUCGCCUCACCUGAUCACGUAUCUGGUACCGUUUCUUCCUUCGUUAUAUAUUGAGGAUUGACCAACAGAAGACGCUGAUGUGGCAAAAGCUAAAACCCAUAAGCAUUGAAAACAACAGCGAAGGAGCUCCAAAAGAGAGCCAAAAGUAAAGACGAGAGCAAAAGUCGCCGGCGAAAACGAAAUCGGUGAUUUCUCAAAGUCAAAGGUCAUUCGCGCAAUACAUCAAACGCUUUGCAUUCAUUUCAUGGUUUACAUUUCUUACCCCUGUCUCUGAAACUCUCUCGCUGUGUAGAUCCCAAAUCACCGGCCCUCCUUCUCUCUGACUACCUGAAACGGUCACCGGCGGUACAUACUCGAUUUGAUACACUGUCUCUCAAGCACAGCUUCAGCAUGUACAUGAUUACGUGAAUAGUUUACACGAUUCUAUUUUUAUAUGAUAAAUAGUGUGGAUGAGCUAUGGCGGAACCGGUAACAUGGACGCCGAAAGAGAGCAAACUGUGGAAAGUGGUUUUUGCUGUGGCUGGAAUCAUGAGCACUCUUGUGAUCUACGGUGUUCUACAGGAAAAAAUCAUGAGAGUCCCAUAUGGGGUGAAUAAGGAAUACUUUAAGCACUCUUUAUUUCUUGUUUUCUGCAACCGCAUUACAACAUCUGCUGUCUCUGCUGGCACUUUGAUCGUGAGUAAAAAAGCCUUGGAUCCUGUUGCACCAAUUUACAAGUACUGCCUUAUUUCCAUAUCCAACAUACUAACAACAACGUGUCAAUAUGAGGCGCUCAAAUAUGUAAGUUUUCCAGUUCAGACCCUUGCAAAGUGUGCAAAAAUGAUACCUGUUAUGGUUUGGGGAACUAUGAUUAUGCAAAAGAGAUAUGUUGGACCUGACUAUUUGCUAGCUUUUCUAGUGACUGUGGGUUGCUCAAUUUUUAUUCUGUUCCCGGCAGGAACUGACAUUAGUCCAUAUAGCAGAGGAAGGGAAAACACUGUUUGGGGUGUUUCCUUAAUGGUUGGGUAUCUUGGGUUUGAUGGCUUUACAAGCACAUUCCAAGACAAACUAUUUAAAGGAUAUGACAUGGAAAUACACAACCAAAUAUUCUAUACAACAGUGUGUUCUUGUCUUCUUAGCUUCACAGGACUUAUAUUACAAGGACAUCUCCUUCCAGCGAUAGAUUUUGUUUAUCGCCACAACGAUUGUUUCUUUGAUGUUGCAUUGCUUUCUGCUGUGGCAACUGCUAGUCAAUUUUUUAUUUCUUACACUAUUCGCGCAUUCGGAUCUCUCACAUUUGCCACCAUAAUGACCACAAGACAGUUGGUUAGCAUCAUGCUGUCAUGUGUGUGGUUUUCCCAUCCCCUUAGCUGGGAACAGUGGAUCGGAGCUGUUAUUGUCUUUGGUUCUUUAUAUUCAAAGAACCUUAUGAAAAAGGCAUCUCAGAAGCCCCCACCUCCAGAACAUACGCUAGAUGGAGCUUCAAGUCCUGUGAAGGCCCUCCCUUGAUACUGUAGUUUUCUUACGGUUGUGUUGUCUUGCACUUGAGCUGCAUCUACUUGUACCCUGCAUAGGAAGUAUUGCCCUAGGUUCAAGGCAGUGAGCAGCAGAUCAAGCGCAAGGGAAUUAACCCUCAUCCAAAUUCAAAUCACAUUAUAGGCAAUUGAAUUAACCCCAGGUUGGCAGCAGUUUAGCAGCAGGUAAGAGUUGAAAAAGAGUUGGUGAGAUCCUGAUUUUUCUCAUGGGACAAUGAUAUAUUGAUUGAAGAGAAAAAAUCUCUGUAAUUUCUCUCCAUGUUCUGUCUUUUGAAUACAAAAGUGUAAAAGAUGCGUACUAUAAUCCAGGCAGUGCGAUACUCUUCUUUAACACGAUAAUUGAGAGUAAUAGAAGGGAACAUUAGCGGAUUCACUUCUGAA